AUGCCAAGAUGGAGCACAACGUGUUGAAUGAAGACGAGUUGGACGAUUGGCUCAUUGAGUCGAUUAAACUGUACGAUGAUCUGCAUGUGUUUGAGCUCCAGGAAACCACACAAGUAAUUGAAUGGACUGGAGAGAAAAGUGUCUGUGUGGCUGGUUGUAAAAGUGUCAGUAGAAAUGAAAUUCUAGAGCUGGCCUUGCCUCAGAGGCUGUAUUCAAAGCAAAAUCAGGGUCUGUGUCCUGAGCGUGAUUUUAAAGUGGUACAUGGUGGUUUCUCAGACCGACCCAUUAGUUGUUUGAAGCACAUCCGAGGAACCAGAAUUCUGGUGUCCAGUGGUCCUCCGGACAGUUCUCUACAGCUCUGGCAAAUUGGAGCAGAUGGCAGUGAUGUCAUCAAACCAUUGCACUGUAUUCACAAUAAAGAGCACACAAAGAACUGGAGCAGGAUUGCGACCAGUGACUCAGGAUCGCCUUGUGUCCUUCACGGGUCAAAGGUCAAAGACAUACAGGUCACAGAUUUGGAGUCCAAGAAAGCUGUCUACUCGCUGGAUACAGAUAAUACAGAUUCUGUAAGCAGUCUUGAGCUUCUGAGUAAAGAUGAAUUUCUCCUCUGCUCGGGCAAAGGGCACCUGUGGUUGGCAGAUAUGCGACAGCCUGGGAGCUUGGCUACGCCCUGUACGCUCCUCCCACAGGGAGAAGGGCUUCACUGGUGUAUGGGACUCAGGAACCGGCUGUCUGAAUCGGAUGCAGCCUCCAGCAGAGUGGCAAGGCUUUCCUCGUUCGGCCAUGUCCUUGUUACUGACAUGCGGGAUGCAAGUAGCCCUUUGUGUCAAGCCAAACUGAACCUUUCUUGUGACUCUUCGGAUUACAAUAUAAUGACUGUGACUUGGGCUCCUGCUUUGGAUGACUGUCUUGCUGUUUCAGGUUUCAAUGGGAAGGUACACAUCUAUAACACAAAGUCCUGGAUCCCAACAUUCACUGAAGAAGAGCCGCUGUUUAUUCAUAAAGGACAUGCCAUCGCUGAAGGCCCUGGUGACAGGAGUUCAGCAGUAGUUACAACACACGUGUGGCAUCCAUGGAAACCAAGGACUUUAUUAUCUGCUGCAACAAAUGGGUCACUGCAUGUCUGGGAUUGGAUAGACCAGAAAAUGGAAAGCUAAUGUUGUAUAACUAUAAUAUGUAUUGAUAUGAACAGACAGUGUGGCUUUAAUUACCUUGAUGUAAUUUUAUAAACCAAUAAGAGCAGCUUUCUAAUUGUUUUUGUAUGUAUGAAUGAAUAAAUGGGCUUCUAGUUUGCAUGCUGAAAAUA